AUGGGACAAGGUAAGGAAAUUAAGACGAGACCAGAUCCUCAAGUUGAGAUUCAAGAAAGAGGAGAAAUAUUCUUCUUUUAUAGACCAAAGGUGAACAAAGAAGAAGCUCACAGUGUGGACGAUGUUCAAAGGUUAUACAUAGUGAUGCGUCCAGAGUCUGGUGAGAAUCCCGUUGAAGAGAAACAAGACCCUCUCUCUGGUAAAGAAGGUUCCGAAGACGAGACUAGCAGCUCAAAGAAAGAAGGUGAAGGAGGACACGGCGUUGAGAAAGUAAACAUAGAGAAACAGAUCCUGUUACGAUUCAUAGUGAUGGGUAAGAAAACUCUUCCUGAUCCGAGUAAGAAGUCGCAACCUUUCUGGGGGUUCGUGGAGUUGGUGACAACAAACGUUGAAGAUGUAAAAGAAGCUCUUAAAGGAGAGGAGUACCAGACAAAGACAAGAGGUCAUAGACACAAGCCACCAGCAAGAGCUGUCGGAGAAGGAAUAUACAGAAUUCUCCGACAUAAACCUUCUCCGACAAGAAAACACCAUACACAUCUCGUCUACAAACUCGAGUUUCCAUCGCGGAAAGAAGAACAACACGAGCCGCAAGAGUCGAUGAACAUUGAACAGGAAGGCUCCUUUCUGAUCCAAGUUCGAAACCCGGAGCAAAGAAGAGGAGGGAGAGGGUCAGGGUUUGGAGGGCUGAAGAGGAAAAGAAAGGCCCAGUUUCCAGCCCAUCUUCAGGCCCAUUUUGGUCAUACCCGGUUUGGGGCAGCCGACCCGCCUGAUUUCUUGAAUUAUGAAGGGUGUGAGUUUUUACUGAUCGCUGCGUCUGAUGAUAUAGAGGAAGAGUUAGGGGUGGAUUUGGAGCCUGAAGGUGAAGGCGAUGAGUCAAAGUGCGAUCUUGUGAAGACUUUUGGGGAUGAUGUAGAUGCUACUCCUUUACUUCGUGGUACAUGGGACUAA